AUGAGACAUUUCAACGUGGUUUUCAUCUGUUUUGGAGCCAUCGGAGUGGCAGUGGCGUUGGCGGGAAAGGUAGGGAUUUUUCAAAAAAAAUGAUGAAAAAAUGAUAAAAAUUAAAAAAAAAAAAAAAUUAAAAUAAAAUAAAAUAAAAAAUAAAAUUUUUUUCGGAUAUAUUUUUUUAAAUUUUUCGAGGUUUUUCACAAAAUAAAAAAAUCGAAAAAUCCAAAAAAAAAAAAAAAAUUAAAAUAAAAUACAAUAAAAAUAAAAAUUUUUUUCGGAAAUAAUUUUUUUAAUUUUUCGAGAUUGUUCGCAAAUAAAAAAAAUCGAAAAAUUCAAAAAAAAAAUUAAAAUAAAAUAAAAUAAAAAUUUAAAUUUUUUUCGGAUAUAUUUUUUUAAAUUUUUCGAGAUUUUUCGCAAAAUAAAAAAAAUCGAAAAAUUCAAAAAAUUCAAAAAAAAAUUAAAAAAAAUUUUUUUUUGAAAUUUUAAAAUUAAAUUUUUUUCCAUUUUAAAAAAAAUUUCCUCAUUUCCACCUCCUUUCAGCGCGACACCAUCGAAGAUUUCGAAGGCGGACUUGUCGAGAGUUCGGCCAAACUUCAAGACGGCGCCAAGCACGCCGCAAACGUUCUACGAGAAGAUUUGGCCAACCUACGGCCGAAGCGAGGCGUUCAGGAUGAUAUUGGGGAUGCUCAGGACAAACUGAGCGAUCUGGGAGAUCAGGCGCAAGACCAGGCCGACGCCUUGAAGCAGGGGGCGCAGAAUGCGGCGGCUGAUGCGCAGGACCAAGGACAAGAAGCUGCUGGAGGAAUAAAGGGCAAAAUUCAGGGCGGAAUCAACGAUUUGAAGGUGAAAUUUUGAGAAAUUAAAAAAAAAUUAGAAAAAUUUAAAAAAAAUUUUUUUCAAAAAUAAAAAAAAAUUUGAGUAAUUAAUAAAACUUGGAUAAAAAAUUAAGAAAAAAAUUUUAAAAGCAUAUGUGAGAUUUCUAGCUCUCGAUUUGCAGAAACGAUCGAGGUUUUUAGCCCAAAAGUUGAAAAAAAUAUGAAAUUUUUUUUGCGAAUUUUGUCAUGAAAAGUUUCAUAGCUAUUUCUACCGUAGAGGAGAAUUUUUCCACAAAAAAUCAAAUUUUUCGGCGCGAAACUGGCAGAGAUAUGGCCAAAAAAAGAGAUUUUCUCUAACCGCUCUCCGAAUUUUUUGUACUCUCUCGGCGGCAAAGAUGUUCAAUAUCUCGGCUCUCCCUGCAAAUCUCAAGCUAAAAUUUUCAGGAAUUGAUGUUUGGCCGAUGCCUGAAGUGUUGCCAAAAAAUCUCAAAAAAAAAAAAAAAAAAAAAUCCAUUUCAGGACCACGGUGAGCAACUGGCCCACGACGCGGACAAACUUGCCAAACACGCCGAAAAGACGGUAAACCAGGGCCUCAGCGAUGCCAAAUCCAAGGCGCAGGAUGCGCUGGACACCGCCAAGGACAAGUUGGACGAGGCGCACAGCGGAGUUUCCGGCUUUUUUGGGAACAUCAAGGAGAAAUUCGGAAGGAAAUAA